CGCGGCGUCCGAGACCCACGGUGACUCGGCCUCCGCGCCGGGGGGUGGGGGGGUUGUGCGGGACUCUUUUCUUUCAGACUGACCACGGGGCAGCUGGGAGCAUGUCGACCCCAGCCAGAAGGAGGCUUAUGCGGGAUUUCAAGCGGUUGCAAGAGGACCCACCUGUGGGUGUUAGUGGCGCACCAUCGGAAAACAACAUCAUGCAGUGGAAUGCAGUUAUAUUCGGACCAGAAGGGACACCCUUUGAAGAUGGUACUUUUAAACUAGUAAUAGAAUUUUCUGAAGAAUAUCCAAAUAAACCACCAACUGUUAGGUUUUUAUCCAAAAUGUUUCAUCCAAAUGUGUAUGCUGAUGGUAGCAUAUGUUUAGAUAUCCUUCAGAACCGAUGGAGUCCAACAUAUGAUGUAUCUUCUAUCUUAACAUCAAUUCAGUCUCUGCUGGAUGAACCAAAUCCAAACAGUCCAGCCAACAGCCAGGCAGCUCAGCUUUAUCAGGAAAACAAACGAGAAUAUGAGAAAAGAGUUUCAGCCAUUGUUGAACAAAGCUGGAAUGACUCAUAAUAGACAAGUGGUCUGUUAAUCUUUUUCAUCAUUGUUGUGUAUAAUUUACCUCUCAGUAGAAAGGCUAACAAAUUUUAAGUGCCACAGGUUUUAAGGAUUCUGCAGAAAAAAAAAGUCCUUCAGUUUAGAACCUACAAAAGCUUGUGUAUCUUGAUUAAUGUACUUUUUAUUGCAUGGUGUGAACUAAGUUAUUGCUACAUAAAUUUGUAAUAUAUCCUGUUUGUAUUUUUUUCCAAGUGUAUAAUGUUGGUGUGGAGUUUUCAUGACAGAAUAUACACAUUUUGUAAAUCUGUACUUUUUUCAAAUAUUGAAUGCCUUAUUUUUGAAUUCUUUAGAUUUUUAAAUUGGAGAAAAGCACUUAAAGUUUUUUAUAUAUGAAUAUUACAUGUAAAGCUGUUAAAAUACAUAACUUCAGUGCAAGAGAUUUUGUCACUUAUUUCCUUAUCUGUGUAGGAUGGGUUAAUAAGUCUCUAGCUCUCCACAACUGAUGAUAGUUUCAUUUCCAAUUUCAAGAGAAGAUUUCUAUUUUAUCAAGAAAUUCUUCAAAUUUGAUUCUAAAUACCAAUUAUAAUUUCAUACUUUAUUUUGAAUGUACCUAUAUUAGUUUUAAUUCAACAGUUACAUACAUAACUGGUUUGAUUCUGUCUAGUUCUGUAUUGAGGCCACUUGUUGCAGUUUCUUCAUGCACUACUUACUGUUAAACUGUACCUUUUGCAAUUAGCACCUCUACCAUGAACAGAGAGCUGAUGCAACUUAUUUUGCUGCUUGGAAGCAUCUUUAAAAGGUUUUUGAUUGAUGAAGAAAGUAAGUCUGUAAACAUUUUCC